AUGCAUGAAUAUUCGGCCGAUGAGAAGAAACAGGCCGCGGUGUUGGGCGAAUGCAGAGAUAAGUUUGCCGAGAGACAGGCAAAGUACUAUCCGCCGGAAGCAACUGUAAGCUCGUUUGAUCUUGAUUCUUUUCUCUAAAGAAGUCUGUUUAGGGUGAAAAGGAGCUGAAGAUUUUAGAGAUUCAUAUGUGCGUACUAGAGAAGCCUAGUGGGUGGCUGCGGGAUUCUUUAAAUUUUUCAGUCACAACGAACCACGUAUUAUAUAUUAUAUAAUUGCUAUCAGUUUAGCUUUAGUUUUGCAAGGACUAGCGAGAAAAUUCACCGAGUUUUGCUGCAGCGACAGUAAGCAAGACGCAGAGUGCGAUCAGAGAGAGUGAAGUUUCUUUAGUCAAAUCUCUGGCACGGGUGGAAAACAAUAUUUCUCAUUGAAUGUAAAAAUUUUUUGCGAGUUUUGGAAUAAAAAACUAUGCCAGAAGUGUGGGAAAAAUUUAAAGAAAAUCGGAGCGUCGCGCGGGGAAAUACCCUUCAAUGCAUUUGGACCAAGCGUUACUGAAACCUAAGAGUUGCUUUUUGCACCUCCCGCUCUAGUUGAAAACCUGAAAGAAAGCUCUCCAUACAUAUAUGUAAUCUGAUUUUGAGCGCCCUCCUUGAAAGAUUUCUAUGGCGAAAGUUCAAAUAGAAUUACAUUCCGUUUUCUUUCAGAACCCUCCAGACCCAUGUUACGAAGAGAUGAACCGAUGUCUCGUUUACGGAGAACCAGACUCCGCCAAUUGUUGCCUUAGUCUGUGCGACCCCAACAAACCUUGA